UGUUAGUUUGGCUGUUUUUGUCAUCUUGUUUAUUCUGUUACUUCUCUUUUCUGUGUGGAAAUGGAGACAAAACAAAAUGAACACAAAGAUAAGCCACAGGGAUGUAACUGAUCCGUCUGUCACUGCAGAAGAAGCCGAGGCUUUGACAGGAAAAAAGGGAAAGGAGAUCAAACUUUUGAAGAAGCAGCUCCAGGAUGAGCAGAAGAAGAAAGAGGAAGCUGAGAAAGCUCUGGAGGAGCUGAUGGCCAAAAAUAUGGAGGAACAUGCAAGCGGAGUUGAAGUGAGGGAGCAUGAAGAUUCUGAUUACGAGGAGGACAAGACGGGCUCUGUCAUUGUUCAUGAGGUUGGGCGAAAUGGCAACUAUAUCUAUCUCAGAAACACGUUGAGUGAGGACCAACAAAUGGGAGAAUGGAAUUUAGAAAUGCAGAUCAACGACACAGAACCCAUCACAUACACAUUUCCGAAAACAUUCAAGCUCAAGGCUGACAAAAUCAUCACAAUUGCUGUCCCAGGUUAUGGUAGCCUUCAAUAUCCCACUGAUCUUAUAUGGAGGGAGCUGAAGUCCUGGACCCCCGGAGACAAACUCAAGUUCACCCUCACCAGCAACAAGGGAGAGAUCAAAUCAACUCAGUUAAUAGUCUCUGGAAGAUAAUAAUUAGCCUGCUGUCAUACUAUGUUUUUACCUUACCUUUCUGUUCCUUUUUACUACAAUAAUCUCCC